UCCUCUCAAACUUUACUCUGGACUCCGGGAGGCGGAGGAGCAGGAGCAGAGAGGAGCUCACGCACGCAGCUGCUUUGGAAUCACGUCUUUUUUCUUUUGGUUUUGUUUUGUUAUGGUGGUUUUUCUUCUUCUGCUUCUACCGUUUUGCAGAGCGCGCGCGCGCUUCGUGUCGCAGCUUCACGUGCUUCGCUUUGAUGUUCGUCGCCGCUCGAAGUUGUCCGGAGUCACGUUUUUAUUAACGGCGGACCUUUUCGCUCCGCUGCCGGCGGGAUCGCUGCUUUUAUCGUCGCCGCCUGCAUUAGUUCGCUGCUGGACUCUGUCCGGACUGUUUUUCUGGAUUUAGCUUCGCGAUGUGAAAAUACCGGAGCUGUCGCUGUGGUUUGGGCUUUUUUUUUCUGUGGAUGUUUUAAAAGUUAGAGCUCCGCUUUGGACUAAAAAGAAAUGGAUAGUUGUUCGUUAAAGAUGAUGGUCUUCUUGUGGUGUCUCCUGGUGAUUUCUGGCUCCAGCUUUGAGAUUGGUUCCUAUGACCUGGAGCGAGGCAGACCAGCCAAAUGUGAGCCCAUCUCGAUCCCCAUGUGCCAGGGAAUCGGCUACAACCUGACCAGGAUGCCGAACUUCAUGGACCACGACGACCAGAAGGAGGCAGCCAUCAAGCUGAACGAGUUUGCUCCCCUGGUGGCUUAUGGUUGCGAUGUGCACCUCCGGUUCUUCCUCUGCUCCCUCUACGCCCCCAUGUGCACGGACAAAGUGUCAACCUCCAUCCCCGCCUGCAGACCCAUGUGCGAGCAGGCCAGGCAGAAAUGUGCCCCCAUCAUGGAGAAGUUCAGCUACAAGUGGCCGGACUCGCUCGACUGCACCAAGCUGCCCACCAGGAAUGACCCCAACGCCUUGUGCAUGGAGGCCCCCGAGAACGAAAGCAGGACUGAAACCAAGAAAGGUGAGGGCAUGCUUCCAGUACCCCCUCGCCCCAGGCAGCCGGGCAGCAGCAGCAGCGGGCGUCCCCCAGGUAGCAUGGGGUCAUGUGAGAACCCAGAGAAGUUCCAGUAUGUGGACAAGAGCCAGUCAUGUGCUCCACGCUGCUCUUCUGCUGUGGAUGUCUUCUGGUCUAGACAGGACAAGGACUUUGCCUUCAUCUGGAUGACGGUCUGGUCCAUACUGUGCUUUGUCUCCACUGCCUUCACAGUACUGACCUUCCUCCUGGAGCCUCACCGCUUCCAGUAUCCUGAACGGCCCAUCAUCUUCCUCUCCAUGUGUUACAAUGUCUACUCUCUGGCCUUCAUCAUCCGCUCAGUGGCGGGCGCUGAGAACAUCGCCUGCGACCGUGAGCACGGCGAGCUGUACAUCAUCCAGGAAGGGCUGGAGUCUACAGGCUGCACCAUUGUCUUCCUCAUCCUCUACUACUUUGGUAUGGCGUCUUCAAUCUGGUGGGUCAUCCUCACCCUCACCUGGUUCCUGGCAGCUGGGAAGAAGUGGGGUCACGAAGCCAUCGAAUCCCACAGCAACUACUUCCACAUGGCCGCCUGGGGUAUCCCUGCACUGAAGACCAUCGUCAUCCUCACAAUGAGGAAGGUGGCCGGGGAUGAGCUGACAGGCCUGUGCUAUGUGGGCAGCAUGGACCCAGGUGCGCUUACGGGCUUUGUCCUCAUCCCACUCUCCUGCUACCUGGUCAUUGGCACCUCCUUCAUCCUCACAGGCUUUGUUGCUCUCUUCCACAUCCGUAAAGUAAUGAAGACAGAGGGCACCAACACGGAAAAGCUAGAGAAGCUCAUGGUGAAAAUUGGCAUCUACUCCAUCCUCUACACGGUGCCCGCCACCUGCGUGAUAGUCUGCUACUUCUACGAAAGGCUUAACAUGGACUAUUGGAAGUUCCGCGGCCUGGAGACCAAGUGUGUGUCAUUCCCCGGGCGCAGGAACGAGGACUGCUCACUGGAAACGUCCGUGCCCACCGUGGCCGUGUUCAUGCUGAAGAUUUUCAUGUCGCUGGUGGUCGGCAUCACCAGCGGUGUCUGGGUGUGGAGCUCUAAGACCCUGCAGACUUGGCAAGGCCUGUGCAGCCGGAAGUUGGCGGACAGGACUAGUAGCAGGAAGCCGUGCGGCGGGGUGAGCUGCGGCAGCACACACUGCCACUACAAAUCUCCAGCUGUGGUUCUGCACAUGGCCAAGACGGACCUGCACUCAGACAGUCCCACGCAUGUCUGAGAGCCACGUGCGUGCACACGCUUGUGAGGUGCUGCUACACAGACUUUGUCACAGUAUGUUGGAAUGCUGCUGUCACCACAGGUGCAGACGUCGCUGUGACAAACUAUCCGCAAACAGUAUUCACUAAAGGGAAAUGUUCACAGUAUUCUUAUUCCUACUUUUCUGUUCCAUAAUGUUUUGUGCAACAACAACAAAAAGAGACUGAUAUGGGAAAUAGUAUCCUGUUCUCUCUGAAAGUGGCACGAUUAAGUGUAAAUUUGUUUAAAUGUUCUAUUUAUUGUAAAUAUAUUUAAUUUAAGCUCAACUUGGCUAGUAGCAGAUUUGCUGUUUAGAUGCAUUUAUUGAAGGUCAGUUAAGUGCCUUUUCUAAGAACUCUGGUUCUGGCCUUUUGGAGGAAAAUAAAUUUGUUGAUCUCAUGUUGAA